CAAUCAGAAUUAACGCUGGAGAAGUUAUUUGAAAACUUUUGGGGACCACACUUAAAAUGUCUAAACCAAUUCCUUCUGCAAGAACCAAGCAGGGAGAAGUUCCUCAGAGAAAAGCUGGGGAGAGUAGAGGCAGAAACUCAAAGGCUGAUGAAGGGACAGAAAGCCCAGGAGUUAUGGAUGCUCAGUCUGUGUCACAAGCAGCAGAAUUUGCAGUCACCACAUCUGGAAGCAAGUUGAGGGCACCAGAGGCUCCAAGUAAUCAAGACUCAGAGUGCUCACAGCAGCCCUCAAAGACUUGUCUACAGCUGAGCAGGGCUGGUUCUGCAAAACCAACAGAUGAAUCUGGAGGAGUCACAUCUGAGGUGCCUGAAACAAUGCCUGCCAAAAGCCGGAGCAAGCAAAGUAACCGGGCUCCUGAAUGUGCGAAGGAAAGAAAGAUUCCUCAGAGAACAGCCAGAGGAGGGAGAGGCAAAGGAGCACAGGAUGAGGAGGGGAUAGAAGGCUCAGAAACGGCAGCUAUUCUGUCUCCAUCAGCCCCAAAGCAGCUCUCUGCGCACUGCCCACGCCCCAAGCAGACUGGAUCUACCCAAGGAAGGAGAGAAUCUGCAGGACACCUUGGACAACUCUAUUCCAGGUCCACAUCUGCUGACCUGUGUGAGAGCUCAGAGAUGGCAGCAGCUGCUCUCGCCAUGCCAAGCCAAGAUGUUGUUCUCCGCAUUAAAAAGAGGGCAAAAGCUCUUACUCUGAAACAAGAGGAGAUAAACAAGGCUGCUAGAAUAUUUAAUGGGUUCAUUAACCCAUUCAUUAGAUACCUGAAGGAGAGUCCAGAGAGGCCCUACUUUAAGGAGGUGACCAAGUUGACCACGGGCAGCUACUAUGAGUUUGUGAAAAUUGAUCACCCAGAUGAGUUUGACGUGAUGCUGGCUCUGCCAGUUCGAAGCUGUAUGUAUACGGAGGUGGAUGACUGGAAUGGGCUCUACUACAAAGUUACUUUGCGGAGGCAGACCCGGAGCUUCCCCACACCUUUCCUGCUGGAGGAUGGAAAUACCGUGUCGCCUGUGAAAGUCCUGGAGGAAUUCAGGAAACAUGUCAGUCAGUUCACAUCAUCCUACGAAGUGCCUUCCCCAGGAUGGAAAAUGCAGCUAAGCAGGAAGAAACAGAACAGCCCAGCAACGACUGUUGUGAUGCUGGAUGACAACGGUGGCGAGGUCAUGUCUAUUGAUCUCGUUCCUGCUUUGGAAAUCUCACCCCCCUGGCCUGAUUCAUGUAGGGUAGGGCAGGAUGUUGAAAAAUGGCUGGGGAAGAAAACCAAGCUGAGGAAUAACCCAUUUUAUUUUGUUGCCAAGCAGCCACGUGGGCACGACGACAAAGAGGUCUGGAGAAUUUCUUUCUCUCAUAUUGAAAAGGAGAUUUUGAAUAACCAUGGCAACACUAAAACCUGCUGUGAAUCUUAUCAUACCAAGUGCUGCAGGAAAACCUGUAUCCGGCUGCUGAAGAGCCUUUUUAAGGACCUGAAGAAAGACUAUCCCAGGCAACUAAGUCACCUGUGCUCUUACUAUACAAAGACGUCCUUUCUCCACACUCUGACACAGUGGAAAGAGGACACGAACUGGAAACCUUCUGACAUUGCCUGCUGUUUUCUCAGAGUGCUGAAUGACUUCAUUCAGCACGUGGAAAACACCAACCUGCCCCAUUUUUUUAUUCCAAACUGCAACCUGUUCUAUAGCUUCUCUCCAAAGGAUUUGAAAUUCCUGCUAGAGCGCUUACGAGAGCAGAAAGGGAAUGGGUUGCAAGCAUUUGCAGCUCACGAGGAAUAGUUUCUUCCCUGCCAUGACUUUGAGUGAGCAUGAUCUAUUGCUAUGACUGUUAUGGAACCAGCUAGAAUUUCUUUCUCUGUGUUUUGAUGAUUCAGAUGCCAGACUCUGGCGCUCUUCAGCAACAAUUUCCAAAUGAAGCCACUGAUUUUGAGUGUUUCAGUUUUUGAGUGUCCAGUUUAUGGUAAUUUGGGGGUCUGAUUUUCAUAGGUGCUGAGCACUGGCAGCUCCCCAUUAACUUCAGUUGCAGUUGUGGGUGUGCAGCAUCUCUGAAAAUGAGACCCAGAGAGUCCCAAAUUGGGUGCUCAAAUAUAAAACACCAAAACCUAAUGGCCACUUUUGAAAAAUGCUCCUUAAUCCCUCUGUGCCAUAUUUGCCUAUUUGUGAAAUUGGAUAGCAAUAUCUACCUACCUCAUAGGAGGUUGAGUGGGCUGGGUUAGACAAUAUGUGUACAGCAAUUUGAAAGUGUAAAAUGCUUAUAGAUAAGUGCUAAGUCUAAAUUCACCGAUCUGGAAGUGCAAGGAUAGGAAACUA